UGCCGAAAAUCUUGAUACAAGUUGGUCCACAAAACAAAAAGUCACAAUCAUCCGUUUCCCAUUCAUUCAUUCAUUCAUUUCCACUGCUCUCUCUGAUCGCACCAUCCACCAUUCCGCAGUAGUCAAAUCAAAACCCUCUGAGAGACCACGUAACAGAACAAAAAUGGCCGAAGAGGACCAGCCCAAAGCCUCCAUCGUCGGCCACCAACACCAGCACCAUCACCACCACCCUCCGCCGCAGCCACUACCCGGUCCACCACCACAGUAUGGCACCUUCCAAGGCGUCGCCAACUACCCUCCUCCGCCCGAGCCACAUCCCGCUAUUGGCUUUCCCCAACCUGUUCCACCGGCCGGCGCCGUCAACGCCGGUCCUCUUCCACCGUACUACCCGGGAUACCAAGCAGUACCCGGUUAUGCAGUUGCUGAAGGAAGACCUGUAAGAGAGCGGCGCCUUGGUUGCUGUGGCCUUGGUUGUGGCUGGUGUCUGUUUAUACUAGGCUUCUUUCUUGCUGCUAUUCCAUGGUACGUUGGGGCAAUAAUUAUGCUGUGUUCCAGAGUAGACCACCGAGAGAAACCUGGAUAUGUUGCUUGUGUAGUUGCUGCUGUUCUGGGUACAAUUGCGAUUAUUCUUGGUGUGACAAAGGGAGCAGAUGACUGGUAAUCAAUCUUCACGUUAAAAGCUGUAAAGUUUGGUAGACGAGUGUAUGUAAAGUGAAUCAGUUGCUUAAUAUUAUGUGUGAGUGCAGUUUAUGUAUUCACUGAAAACUGAUACCAUAUGUAGUUUGUAUUGUUUGAUUUAUUAUUAUAAGGUUCUUUGGGUCCUUACUUUUAUAUUUAUCAUCGGGCAAGACUUAUGUACUUCAAUAUUUGUAUGAAACAUUUAUACCUAGUUAACAAUCACAACUUAUACGUAUGAAAGUUUAUCUUGUAA